UAUUUGUCAAAUUUUAAUUCCUAUUCAUUUGUUUUCAGGCAAUCAACUAAAUUACUCUGAAAUAGAGCUGUAUAAAUCGGUUGCAAAAAUGCAAGUGAAACUCAACAGAUGCAAAAAAGCUAAAGCUAGACUUGUCCAGAGGUUAAAAAUAUCCAGAAAAUUGACACGUUCUCAAGCAUAUAAAAUGGUCACCAAGAAUUUAUCUCCGGCAGCAAAAACGUUUUUUUAUAUGCAAAUAAGGCAGUCUACGAAGCAUCCCAAGGGACGUCGCUUCACCUUGGAUGAAAAAAUUCUAGCUUUAUCGCUAUAUAAACCGAGUCCAAAAGCAUAUCGCUUAUUAAGUCAGAUAUGUGUUUUACCAAAAAAAAGUACAUUAAAUAAGUUAAUGAAAAAUGUAUUUUUGUUGCCUGGACCAAACAACGUGAUUUUUGAUCAUUUAAAGAAACGGGUGGAUAAAAUGCCCGAAACUCACAAAUAUUGUACGGUCAUAUUUGAUGAGAUGGCCAUUGCUGCCAAUUUGACCUAUGACCAACAUAAUGACCAAAUAAAAGGAUUUUGCGAUGAUGGCAGUACACAAACAAAAUGUUUUGCUGACCAUGCACUGGUCUUUAUGGUCAGAGGAAUAUUUAAAAAAUAUAAACAGCCAGUCGCUUACACAUUUUGUGCUGGAAGUACAAACACAAUAAGUUUAAAAAAUCAAAUUAAAAUAAUUGUGACAAAAAUUUUAGAAACUGGGCUAAAAGUAGUCUCAGUAACAUGCGACCAAGGCACUUCAAAUAUAGCAGCAAUAAAUUUGCUAAUCAAGGAGACUAAAGAAAAAUAUUUGAGAAAUAACAAAGAAUACAAAGAAGGAUUUUUCGAAAUCAAUGAUACAAUAAUUUAUCCCAUUUUUGACCCGCCACAUCUCAUAAAAGGCAUGAGAAAUAAUCUAAUAACAAAAAAUUUACAAUGUUAUAUGGAUGGGAAGAAACGAACAGCAAAAUGGGCUCAUUUGGAAGCUCUUUAUAAAAAUGGCCCAGGAUUUAAAGGACUGCGGCUAAUACCGAAAUUGACCGCACGUCAUGUCAUUCCAAAUUUAAUCCCAAAAAUGAAGGUGAAGUACGCCACACAAGUCUUCAGUAAGACUGUCAGUGUAGCAAUGGGAUUCAUAGCAGAAAUUGGCCGGAUUCCUAAGGAAAGCACUGAGACUGCAGAAGUUUUAUUAUUUUUUGAUAGGCUUUUUGAUUCCGUCAAUGGAAAUUUUAGUAAAAUUGUAAAUGGCAAAGUUUAUCGAUCGGCAGUCUCGCCAAAAUCGCCACAUCACAAAUUAUGGCAUAAGAGCUUACCAAUUUUAAAAACAAUGAAAUUUAUCGGUGACAGACCAAGGUUGGUUCCAUCUAUUUCUAGUUGGAUUAAAACAAUUCAAGCAUUUCAGCAAAUAACUAAAAGACUACAUGGCUUAGGCUUGCGAUCUAUACUGCUGCGCAAUUUCAACCAAGACCCGCUGGAGAAUUUUUUUGGUGCCAUACGAGCUCAUGGGCAACGAAAUGUUAUGCCAAAUCUAGUGUCUUUUGAGGCAUCAUAUAAAGCCUUAUUGAUUAACAAUAUGGUGUCACCUAAAUCGGUAGGGGCUAAUUGUGAGAGUGACGACAGUCAUUGCCUACAUAGUCUAAAAGAUAUCAUAACUCAUAAUAUUCCCAAGCCCCUACCUAAACCUAUAGAAAUUGAUUUUAAUCAUUUAAAUAUAGAGUUAAAAAGUUUAGAUUCAAUAUUAUCUCAUAAAAAUCCUAGCGAAAUUGAGAAAUGUGCAGCAGUAGCGUAUUGUUGUGGCUGGGUCAUUAACUUAAUAUAUAAAAAAAUUUCGAAAAAUUGCAUGGAAUGCAAAAAAGCGUUAGAACAGGAUAGUGAAGAAACGUAUUUAACCUAUUUAAAGUUCAUAACUUUAAAAAAAAAUACGAGUAGAUGUAUUCUUCACUAUCCCAGUAAAUGUUUGCUGGAAUGUAUGAUGAACAUAGAAAUUAUUACAGUCGAAAUUUUAAAAACUAAUUGUGAAUCCAAAGAAAUAGUAAAUUAUAUAGAAUUGGUGACCACCACACUUGUUUCACUCGAUUUUAUUAAAUGUGACCAACACAAAGUUAAAUUAAAAGAAUUCCUUUUAAAAAAAUUCAUCAAUUUGGUCAUUUUCAAUUGGUGCAAAGAUGUAAGUAAUUUGUUAUGUGGCAAAACCAUAGUUCAUGAUCAAAAUGACCCAAUGAAAGAAUUAGCACACAAUUAUUAUGUACGCCAUAAAAUUAGAAAUAAAUAAAUGUUUUCGUGAAAAAA